AUGGAAGAGAAAGAAGCGGGGGAGAGCGAGCCUGUGGACCUCCGGUGUGCCGAGCAGCCUGAGCUGCUCUCAUUAAUAAUAAGCGGAGAGGAGGAAGCGACGCAAGAGGAGAGCGACUUGGGAGAAGACGGUCUUGCCAAUGGCCAUGGCGGGGAAGAAUCAGAGACUGGCAUGGUCACGCCUGUCAGAUCACCAGGCACUAGCUAUUGGAGCAUCACAGAGGGCCCUGACCACCCACUCCUCCUGUCCCCGGCCCCUGGGCCCUCUGGACGCAAACCCAGGGUCCAGAGGGCCUCACGUCCUGGCCUGAGCCGGAUUCCUGGCCGCGACCACCGACGCUACUACCACGAGUAUUGGCGCAGCGAGUACCUAAUGGACUUUGACCCCCAGAGGCAUGGCAUGAUCUGCAUGGUGUGUGGCAGCUCUUUAGCCACACUGAAGCUCAGUACCAUCAAGAGGCACAUUCGACAGAAACACCCAGAUUCCCUGCUAUGGAGCGUUGCCGACAAGGAGGUGAUCCGCUCAGGGUGGGAGAGCCACCUGAGCCUGGGAGGAGGUCAGAGGUCAUACAGCUCUGAUGCUGGACCUUCACCUCAGGGUGAAGAGGACACGCUGCACUCGGGCCAACAUAGUGCUGAACAUCCAGACCCUGUGACACCCCAGGAGCAGCCACAACAACCCCUCAGUCUGUCUCCGCACUCUGUUGAGGGUGAAGCCCCCAAACCGCAGGAGGAAGAGGAGGAGCAUGAUAUCCCUGGACCAUCAGCCCAGACCUUGGAACGCUACCUUAAUGACUCGCUGCAUGCAUGGUUCCGCCAGGAGUUCUUGAUGGAGUACGAGGCGGUGGCCGGUCGGCUGCUUUGCAUGGUGUGUGGAGCAGAAUUACCCUCGCUUCAUCUGGAUCACAUCAAAAGCCACGUGCUGGACACCCACCCCAACUCCUUGGUGUACAGCUCCGAGGAGAAACACUGCAUCCUGCAGGCCUGGGCUCAGGCUCAUGAAGAGCCAGAAAACUCAGUCAAAUCAGAGCCCAACACCAAAGACGGCAUGGUAGACCUCUUUGCUGAGGACGUGGAGACUAUCCAGAUCACCACUGACUUGUACCCAGAAGGUGAUGGCACUUUAACUCAGGACACUUGUCUUAUUGGUGAGGACGGAGGGGUUGGAGCUCCGCAGCAGGGACCUCAGCCCCUCCGCCAGCCGAAGAAGAGGCGACUACGCGGAGGUGACCCAUGGCGGCUCCGCCUCGACUACCUAGUGGCUUACGGGCCUCAGGGCCAGGGCACGUUCUGCAUGGUGUGUUCUCAGGUCCUCCAUGAAACCAAGGUCAGCAGCUUCCGCCGCCACAUCCAAGAAUGUCACCCUGAGACCACAACCCUGAGCCGACAAGAAAGGGAAGCCAUGGCUGCAGCCUGGACCAAAGACUAUUCGAGUGAAAGCACGCAUAUACAAGAUGAAAUCAACUGUGGCGAUGCUGGUAUCCUAAAUACCACAGGAGAGACAAAUGAGGAAACCUCCCCUGAUGUCAAAUCACCCAGCAAAAUAGUGAAAAAAGAGGAGAGUGGUAUUGGAGUGAAGGGUAAAUCAAAAGACGGUGGCACUGCAGCCACACCUUCGCGCCAUGGCCAUUACCCCGGAAAGGACCAGAGGAGGAACUACCAGGUGCGCUGGCGAAUGGAUUACAUGAUGGAUUACGACUGCAGGAGACAUGGGCUGAUCUGCAUGGUGUGUGGGGCCACUCUAGCCACACUGAAGGUCAGCACCAUCAAGAGGCACAUCCAGCAGGUUCACCCUCACUCCCUGUUCUACAGCCCAGAGCAAAAGCAGCAGGCCCUGCUGAGCUACAACCAGACUGCCCUGCACUUCGUCCACUCGGAUGACUGCUUUUCCUCCCAGGACCACGGACACACUGAGCUGGCUCCCACUCCAGCACACUUGGGCACUUAGAAAGGGCUUCCGUCUGUUGCGCCUCACAUGGCCCCUGUUCAGAAACAGCCCCCAACUUCCUCUUCUAAACAGAAAAAGUCAGGUAUUUGUCAAACUGCGUCCUGUUUUCUCACUCUUGUCCCCCAAUUUUAACAGUGUGGGUGCAGAGUAAAAUGUUGCCAUAACGGACAAAAAUACAAGAAUAUGACCCAGUUUGACAAAUACUGCAAUCUCUUUUUUGACCUGCAUCAAAGAGCACUGCUGUGGUUAAAGCAGCAGCGAGGAGCUCCCACAUAGGAAAUGACACAUCCUAAAAAUGUCAUUGCCUGAAAAAACAAAAGUCCAGCCACUCAUUUGAAACUUAAGAUUUAUUUGCACAUCACCUUUCUUUCCAGGAGACCUCAUGAGAUUUAGCAAAUUAUUGUAUGGAUACAAGUAUCUGAAGGUACUACAUUGACCAUUAGUAACCUAGAUGGGUCUUCCUCCUGAUUAGUGAGAUAAUUCUGUACCAAAAACAGUAUGGGAAUGACAAGGAAUAUUUUUGAAAAAGUAAUAUAUACCCCUUCCUGAAAUGCUGAUUUCCACAGUGGUAGACUUUUUCUUUACAAAUUAUAUACUUGGUAUAAUGGUAUUUUAAGUACUAUUUUAAAGCACAUUAGGUCUCCAGGUAGAGGCCUGGUCACACCAACAUUUAUGAUGGUGACAUUUCAAAAAUCUUGCAAAAUGACAUUAGCUAGACAUAUUAGCUGUGGUGCACUUUCUGCUUUAUUCUAACUCUGCUUGUCUGCAGAUUAAAGUUUCCACAGAAGAGAUAUCAUUUCCAAUCAUGAGAGAAUAAUGUUCCACAUAUUUCCUUCAAAAGCUUUUGUCUUGUUAGCAAGCUUGCUAAAUAGCAAGUCUUACACCAGCUAUUGUUAGUGUCAGGGUCGGAGCUGAUGAAGCUUGAAGUCUUGACAUCACCUCCAGCCUAAUGCUACACAAUAAUCUCUCACAGAGGAUUUCUAUCAUUGUCCUUGAAUUCUCUGUGAUUUUUACAGACUUAAGUAAUGAUUACAUUGUUUGCUUACAAAGAAAAUACAGCUCUGGAAACUCACCAGCACAGCAGAAAAAAAUCCAGAUGUUCCGCGAUCAUUUUGUGGCUGCUAAUCGUAGCAUGUUCCUAAGCUAGCUAGAAUGCAAA